UUUGAGUGUUGGACGGUAUAGUACAAUGGAAGUGCUUGAGUGACUUUUAAAUGACGCAAACGUUGAUGGAUGCGUAAGGCAUGGAGCACCCCGGCGGGUUCGCGUCCCCGUGGGCCGCCAUGCUGGGCCACGGCAUGCACGGCAUGGUGCAGCACGAGUAUGGCGCGCCCAUGCCUAUGGACCUGCACGUGCCACAACCCUUCCCCUACUACCGAUAUCGAGACGAUCCACUAUGCUGGUCAGACAGGAAGCCACCGGUAGAUGGCACAGGGAACACUGCAUCCGUCAACAGUCGAUACUAUCCACAAGAAAACUGCAUUCUCGAGUUGCGGAAAGAAAAAAGCCGAGACGCGGCGAGAUCUCGCCGUGGAAAGGAGAACUACGAGUUCUACGAGCUAGCGAAGAUGCUACCGUUGCCUGCGGCCAUCACCAGCCAGCUGGACAAGGCGUCCAUCAUCAGGCUCACCAUCAGCUACCUGAAGUUAAGAGACUUCUCGGGGCACGGGGACCCGCCGUGGAGUAGGGAUCCCCCGCCGACUAGUAAGACGCUUAAAGGAGCCCAGAACCGGCGGACGGCGAUCGGGCUCGCGCUGGAGCUGUUCGAGCAGCAUCAGGGCACACACAUACUCCAGUCGCUCGACGGUUUCGCGCUGUCGGUGGCGGCAGAUGGGAGGUUCCUGUACAUAUCUGAAACUGUUUCUAUAUAUUUAGGAUUAUCACAAGUAGAAAUGACUGGCAGCAGUAUAUUUGACUACGUGCACCAGGCCGACCACGCCGAGAUAGCGGAGCAGCUAGGGCUGUCGCUCGCGGGGCGGUCGGGCGCUGGGCUCAAUAGUCCGGCCUCCGGCAGUGAGGAGGGUAGCCAGCAUGGGACUAACAACCCUGACGUGUCGGCAAUAAUGACUCUAGCAGCAAGUGGGAGCCUGUUCCGAGGUAUGGACCGCGCCUUCUGCAUCAGAAUGAAAAGUACCCUCACCAAGCGGGGCUGCCACUUCAAGUCGUCGGGAUACCGGGUAGUGUUAAUGUUAUGUCGUCUGCGGCCGCAGUACACGUUCUCGCACAGCCGGAAGUCGCCGCCGGCGCUGCUGGGUAUGGUGGCGCUGGCCAUCGCGCUGCCGCCGCCCUCGGUGCACGAGAUCCGGCUCGAGUCAGACAUGUUUGUCACUAGGAUCAACUUCGACUUCAGGAUCGCGCACUGCGAGCCCAGCAGGGUGUCAGAGCUAUUAGGCUACACGGCGGAGGAGCUUACGGGGAAGAACCUCUAUGCGCUUUGCCACGGAGAAGAUGCAAAUAAACUUAGGAAAUGCCACGUAGAUUUAAUGAACAAAGGUCAAGUGCUCACGCACUACUACCGCGUGAUGAACAAGCUCGGCGGCUACACCUGGAUGCAGACCUGCGCCACCGUCGUCUGCUCGUCCAAAAACGCAGAGGAGCAGAACAUCAUCUGCGUCAACUAUGUUAUUAGCGGGCGCGAAUACCCUAACACCGUAAUGGAUUGCUGCCAAAUGGAAGAAAGUGUGCAAGGCGUGAAGCGAGAAGAGACGACGGGAGACCCUGAAAACGGGCCCCCGGACGCCGACAACUCUGGUAAUCCGCCGCCUCCCUCACGCCACCCCGCGGAGAGAACGGAAGCCACAAACAACGCCGAAUCUGCCUCAACAGCCCCAGUACCUACAUCUGACGUCACACACCUCACCAGGCUCAACGACUCUCAACCGCUACCGCUGCACACCAACCCGGAAAGAACCUCCCCCAUGCCGGCGAGAAGAAUGAAAAAGAGAAAACAUGCGGAAUGCGAUGAAGAAGAAAGAGAUGAAGAUAGACGAAAGAGCUCAUCCAAUCCUGGCGCAGCGAUAUCACCUGCUGAAAGAGAUAUCAAUAAAACGAACUUGUCUAUUCCGGAGGGCACUUCGGACGCAACUUCUGUUAGAGAUCUAGAAAACGCCAUGUCGAAGCACUUACCUGCCUUAGACGGUAAAGAAAUCUCACAUAGACCGACGGACUUUUCAACAGACGCUCUAUUGAAGCAACAGCAACAAAAGUCGACUAUACAAUGGAUAGGGACGCAAAACCAUCACCUAAACCAUUUAAACAGGCAGAUUCCUGGAAAUCAUACUUCAACACCCGCCUCAGCGCUGCUACGGCAACUAUAUGCUAACAGGGAGAGUGUUAUUAGAAGUAAUUUCCUUGGUGAUGGCAGGACGGGUGGCUAUUAUUCAAGUGACGGUCAGUCAGGCCCGCUGCCCACUCCUCCUGGCAGUGAGGGAUCAGGCUAUGGUGAACAACUAGGUCACAAAGGCACCGAUAUUGGUUCACUGGCCUAUGGUGGUUACGCUGAUUACCAUUCUGCGAUGACUCCUCCUGGAUCUGUAUCUCCUAGGGACAAACAGCAAUACGCUUUGUCGUACGAUAACAGCGCUUAUUCCGAGGCGUUAAGGCACUCUUAUUUGGGUGAACCGCCAUUACCGCUGAAGCCACAAGCAUACUCCGCUGUCCCUAGCGCUUUGGACUACACUUCUUCGUUAGAUCAGAGUCAGUUCUUCCACCCCCCUUCCUCCUUCCAUCUUUACCAUCCUCAGGCUCAUUCGGCCCACACGCCUCACACUCACCAGUCCGUGGAUAAAUCUGCACCUCCUAAUACGAACUGGUACUCGUCAGGUUCAUAGCCUCAUAGACAUUAGUUUGGGAAUGUGUAUUGCUUGGAGUGAGCAAUUGCGUUGUGUGUUCAAUAGUUCGUUCAAAUAUUUGUCAAUCGUUAAGUUGGUUGUUAAGUUUAGUUCUUUUUUUUGUUAUAGUUAAUUGUCCUCUAAUUGUCUUCAACAAACGUUAUCUGUUGUAACCGACUUAUUUGACAGACUGUAAAUAAAUUUGUUUGAAAUUUUUUACUUCAAAAAAUUGUAUACGGAUACUCUAAUGUCAAUGCUAAACUAAUUAACACGUUUUAAUACUCAAAGCUUGAAAGGCAAUUUCUUUUUUAUAUGACCCCAAUUAUUAAUACUCUAAGUGUAAGGUAAAACUGUGCCAAAAAUUAGGUGCUGAGCACUUGACGACGCAUUUACAGAAACAUUCCAAACCGUUACGAUUUAUUCCAUUAUCUUUAAGGGUUUCAUAAUUUCGUCGCUGUUAAGUUUUACUGUGAAUUGUGAACUGUAGUCGCCAUACUAUCGUCGGCUGAAACUUAAAGCGACGAGGUUCUAACUUUAGCUAGGAAUUUGGACAUCUGUGAGCUACCCAUAGCUUAUUGCAUAUCAUUUUAACUUAAGUGUCUAGUUAAUGCUUUUGUAAAUUAUUGUACCAUAAUUACACGACUGUACUUAGGCUACUGUACGACUCGAUAACUGUAAAUUGUAGGCAAUAAGCACUGUAUAUUAUUUUAGUCGGAAAUAAGAUUUCAUUGUACAUACUACUUAUAUCAUUAUAGGGUAAGCGUUUAGUAAAGUUGUUCUUUUUGGCAGUGCUCAAAUUUUGUUAGAAAAUGUUUUAUUUGUAUUUGAAUUGAAAUGUUACAACGUAAGUUCGUUCAAAAAGCAAUAUUAAUUGUAUACAAAAAUGUUCAUACCACUCUACAAAAAUCUCGAUCAUACUGUGAAUGUUCAGCAAUG